UCCCGGAUGGGCGUCAUGGCGGCGAGGAAACUCGUCUCGAGACUUGGCCUACUCUUCCUCUCCCUCCUCCUCCUCCACCUCCAGCACCUCGUCACGUGCACACACGGACGCGAUGCUGGAGGAGGGUGGUGAGGAGGGUGGUGAGGAGGAGGAGUGUGGUAGUGAGCGUGAGGACUACGAACAUGACGACAAAGAUGGCUACGAGAAUGACUACGACGACGAUGAUGACGACGAUGAGGGUGAUGGCGGCGAUGGCGGUGGCGACGAGGGAGAGCGGUGGGAGCUGUCCGUGCGGGUCUCCAUGAGGAGCGAGUGGAGGAGGAGGAUGGCGCAGAGUGGCGUGCACUACCAUCUACAAGCCGAGGUCUCCACAAGGAGGGGUGUGACUAGCACGGAGCGCUUUGUGGGAUGUCGCUACCGCCACGCGCUGCCUCAGCCUGCAGGCGCUGCUGAGUACUGCGUCCGCGUGAGAGUCGCGGCUCGCUACCCCUAUUACCAAAUCAUCAGCAUACGCAACAUGGUUGAGCGAUAG